GCGGAGGCGGCCGGCCCGGGUAAGAUGCCCCAAGUUUCUGGAAGCAGCUCUCUUGGGAAGAAAACCAGCAGUCCUCUGCUCUUGCUGUAAGACAGCCCUGUGUGACUUUUGCUUGGUGCAGUGACACUGGAAGAAUUGGACACAAGCUCCAGAGCUGCUUCUUUGUUCACUUGAGUACUCUGUGGAUGGAGAGAAAUUUGAAUCUUGAUAAUUGUCUUGUCUUAAAGCUAUUUCUCAAGAGUCUGAACUGCUUAAUAAAUUGGGCCACUUACCAAUGAGCCACACAGCCAGUUCUUGUCAGGAGCUGGUUGAAAACUGUGCUGUGCAUGUAGCAGGGAUGGCACAAGAAGAAAGCCGUCGUGGACAAGUGCCAUCCACCUUCUACCAUGGUGCCAACCAAGAACUGGAUCUGUCCACCAAAGUGUACAAAAGGGAAUCUGGAAGCCCUUAUUCUGUGCUUGUAGACACCAAGAUGAGCAAACCACAUCUCCACGAGACAGAGGAACAGCCGUAUUUCAGAGAGACAAGAGCAGUGUCUGACGUGCAUGCUGUCAAAGAAGACCGGGAGAAUUCCGAUGACACAGAAGAGGAGGAGGAAGUCUCUUACAAAAGGGAGCAGAUCAUAGUGGAGGUAAACCUUAAUAAUCAAACAUUAAAUGUAUCUAAAGGGGAAAAGGGUGUCUCUUCUCAGUCCAAAGAGACUCCUGUUCUUAAGACAAGCAGUGAGGAGGAAGAGGAAGAGAGUGAGGAAGAGGCCACUGAUGACAGCAGUGACUAUGGAGAGAAUGAAAGGCAGAAGAAAAAGGAGAAGCUAGUGGAGAAAGUCAGCGUUACCCAAAGGCGAACGCGGAGAGCUGCCUCUGUUGCCGCAGCUACCACUUCCCCUACGCCGCGAACAACACGAGGGCGCAGGAAGAGUGUAGAGCCGCCCAAGCGUAAGAAGCGGGCGGCCAAGGAGCCCAAAGCUCCGGUCCAGAAAGCUAAGUGUGAAGAGAAAGAGACUCUGACCUGUGAGAAGUGCCCCAGGGUGUUUAAUACUCGCUGGUACCUGGAGAAGCACAUGAACGUUACUCACAGGCGCAUGCAGAUCUGUGAUAAAUGUGGCAAGAAGUUUGUCCUGGAAAGUGAGCUGUCCCUUCACCAGCAAACAGACUGUGAAAAAAACAUUCAGUGUGUUUCCUGUAACAAAUCAUUCAAGAAACUCUGGUCCCUUCAUGAACAUAUCAAGAUCGUCCAUGGAUAUGCAGAAAAGAAAUUUGCCUGUGAAAUUUGUGAGAAGAAAUUCUAUACCAUGGCUCAUGUGCGGAAACACAUGGUCGCACAUACGAAAGACAUGCCAUUUACAUGUGAAACCUGUGGGAAGUCAUUCAAGCGCAGCAUGUCGCUCAAGGUGCACUCGUUGCAGCAUUCUGGAGAGAAGCCUUUCAGAUGUGAGAACUGCGACGAGAGGUUUCAGUACAAGUACCAGCUCCGCUCCCACAUGAGCAUCCACAUUGGGCACAAGCAGUUCAUGUGCCAGUGGUGUGGCAAGGACUUCAACAUGAAGCAAUACUUUGAUGAACACAUGAAAACACACACUGGAGAGAAGCCCUUCAUCUGUGAAAUCUGUGGCAAAAGCUUCACCAGCCGGCCCAACAUGAAGAGGCACCGCAGAACUCACACCGGCGAGAAGCCCUACCCCUGCGACGUGUGCGGCCAGCGCUUCCGCUUCUCCAACAUGCUCAAGGCGCACAAGGAGAAGUGCUUCCGGGUGACCAGCCCCGUGAAUGUGCCCGUGCCCGCCGCCGUCCAGAUCCCGCUCACGGCGGCCCCCGCGGCCGCGGCGCCCGUGCCUCCGGUGGCGAACACACCCCCGAGCCCUGUCAGUAUGAACCCGGUCAGCAGCUCGCUUCCCCCGAGGCCCAUCCCGCACCCCUUCUCGCACCUGCACCUGCACCCGCACCCGCACCCGCACCACCUUCCCAUCCCGCCGGUCCCCCACCUGCCCCCGCCGCCAGCUCUCUUUAAGAGCGAGCCCUUAAACCACAGAGGCCAGAGUGACGACACCUUCCUGCGGCACCUGGCCGAGAAAAACGGGGCGCCUGCGCAGCAUCAUUAGCACCCACCGUCCGAGGCCGAGUCACGGUCCAGUCCUAUGGUGAGUUGGCAGAGGGGAGCUGGUGGCCUCUCUAGGGUCCCGGCCCUCAGCGCUCCUCCAGAGUUUUUGCCAUUAUCUGAGCAACUCAACAGAAGACACGCUUGCGCUCACGGGGACCGCCCUCAACCAGGGGAACCACUGAACUGAAGCCCAAUUUGCUUGCAUUUUCUGAUGACUUUUAUAAAUUUCAAAUACUCAGACUUACAGGAUUUUAUAAUUUCAUAUCAGCUGAUGAGGUAUGCUUGCUUUUAUAUCCUGGACUUCUCCUCAAAGAGGGGAUAGGCCUGGUUUCCUUUGUACUAAUCGGGAAGGCUGUGAGAUUAAUCCAGAGCAUUAAUUGUAUCACUGUGUAUUGUAAUGAAUUCUUUUCAGCUUUUGGUGCUGGCUACAGAGUUGAGCUGGCCAUGUUUCACAGUCUAUCAAGCAUUAUAGAGAAGAUGGAAAUUUUCUUCUUUGUCUAGCUCUCUUAACACACUCUUUAUUUUACUACAGAAAUUAUUUUGGAGUUUUGUAUACUCUCCUUUAGUAGUCUGUUUCUAAAAUGAAAUGUAUUUCAAUAAGCGGGGUAAUUUUUCAGUGUAGCUGAACCUAUGUUGUAAAAUAGAAAAAAAAAGUUUUAUAAUCAUCAAAAUGUGAUUCUUAAAGAUGCAUAUAAAACUUCUAUAAUUCAAAGUUAUUCUUACAUCCGUACAGCUCAAAGGUGCUUCAGAGACUAGAUGUAUCUGAGAGGGUCACCAGACUAGGUUAAUGCAAAGUGAGAUUUUUGUUUUCAGGACAGGCUGCUACUCAGUAGCUUGAAAAUAUUUGCUCAGCUCUGAUAUACUGACAUGCUUCUGCCUUCACGUUCCUUUGGCUUCAUUAGUACAUUGUGCAUUUGAUGGGCUGAUGUGUAGAGAUAAGGCCCUUUCUGGGGAGUCACCAAAAGUUUGCCUGGUUUGAAUUUAUGAGCCACAUUGUGAUCACCUUCAGGAAGAAGCAGUAGAGAUUGCUUCCUUAGUCACAUCUGUUUCUCACUCCCUUGGGAACUGUGUUCAUGUUUAAUUGUUAGGGGAAAACAAGUUGGAGGCUCUUUGAGACUGCUUUGUUUUCUGACAAUUGUAAUGAAAUGUGUGUGAUAUCUGAAAUGUGGCUGUAUCCACAAGUGUGAACUAUAAGUUUAAAUUGCAGUGAGAGGUGGCUUUCAAUUCUGCUGUAGGUGAACCCAUGACACUGGCGUCCUUAGGUGGGGAGGGGGCGGUAAGUACCUCCCACGCCUCUGUGCAUCUGACUGGGUCAGGUUUGGGGAACUUCCACAGAAUCAGAGCACCUGACUACGUGAUUACAAGGAAGGCUGAGCAGGAGGGCGUUAUAAUGUUGGUUCCACUUAGCUGACUAGACUUAUCCAGACUUCGUAUAGCUACAAAUUUUGUAUUACUUCACCUCAGACAGCUGAGUUCCAAAAGGGUAGGUCACUUUUCUCCUCACACCAUUCCCCUUUUUUAAUCUCAAAAUUCUUAAUUUCUCUUUCCUUCAUCACCUGAAUCAGAACCCUGGCUUUUAUUUAUUUUUUUAUUUUUAAUAUUAAAUGUGCAGAUAUGCGUCAAGCACUUUUUUUCUGGCUAAUUAGCUCUGUAGCAGGGAAAAGUGGAACUCUCAACUGAGGUUCGGUUCCUCCUCCUAAGUAUCACACUCUAACCUUUUGGUUUAAUAUUUCCAGAUUUUCUCCUUUUAAUUUUGCCGUUGUCUUCUGUAAUGCAUAGGAAAAUUUUGCAGUGAGGCAGAAGAGUAUCUCAGGACAUACUUUUCUUCCGUUGAAUGCUUGCACAUCUUCCUUGAGCCCCCACAUCCCCCAGCCAGUAAGGAAGCAGAUUCUUUGCUUCUGGCUAUUACUACUUUAGACGCUGUUCUCACCUCCACAGUCUCCCUUUGCAUUCCAUGACAGGGUCACAAAUCUACUCCUUCAUGCAAACAUACCCUUAGCUCGUGGUCAAGCCUGUAAUACUAAGGUUUUGUCUUUGUUUUUAUUUUUCAAAAAAAAAGGUGUAAAUUGUAGCUUAGUUAAUUGGCUAUACUUUAUUUUAUGCUAAAUAAAUUUACAAAAUUAGAAAUAGAUUUUGGAUUCUAUACAUGAUGCCAUCAACUCAGCUAUUUUAAGGAUGUACUAUGAUUACACACUGGAAAAUUUAAGUAGUCCUAUUUGAUUUUUUUUUAAUUCAAGCAACUAUAUAGCCAUAAGAAAGUAUCUGCUACACAGAAAAACCAGUAGUAAACAAAUAACCAUCACCAUCCUUGACAAGCAGAGAAAAUAAGAGUUUUAAAUAAUGAAUUAGCAUUGUUACACAGUAUAAUUCUUAGUGAAAUGUAUUGUGAAACAAUCCAGAAACACUUUUUUUUUUUCCUGGAUAAGUAUGCUUUCCCUGACUUGGGGUUUGUGGUCUUCAGGAAAACUGCUCAAAAUGUGAUUUCUCAUCAGUAUCAUAUUAUAUAUGAUUAUCAGAAUACAGUCAUAGCAGUCAGUAAUGCUUCUGUAUAGAAGAACUAUAGACUAAGCCUUAAACAUAUAAAUGCAUCAGGUUUAAUAUGCUGAAGACUCAAGCUCAGGGUUGAAAAGUUGCUUGGGGUCCUCUGUUAACUUAAAGUUGCAUUAUGUGGCAUGUCCUCACCCACAUAUGCUCCAGUACCCCGUCAGUUCUCCAGAACUUGUUACCUAUUUAUCAUCUGUUUAUGAAAGAAAGACCUAUGAAAGAAUGAGUUCUCAGCCCUUAUCUGUGCUUCUAUCUUAUAAAGACAAUAAAGGCCACAUUUCAGCAUUAUAUAGAUAUCAAAUUGAAACUGUCUCUCUUUAAUUUUAUAUGUCUUCAAAGGCUUGUAUCAUUUCAAGGGUCCCUUAUUCCCUCAAAGCCAGGCGUGGUGGCACACGUCUGUAAUCACAGUACCCAUGAGGCUAAGGUAGGAAGAACACUGCAAAUUUAGGCCAGUCUAGACUACAGAGUGAAUCUCAGGUCAGCCUGAGCUAGAAUAAGACCCUGCCUCAAAAAGAAAAAGAAAAGAAGAAAAUUCCCCCAGAGACAUUUUGUUUGUUAUUUGGUCUCAAACUCAUAAUCCCCUGCCAUGUCCAGCUUCCCCAAGGACAUGUUUGAAUUGACAUUACAUUUUUGGUGGUUUAACCUGCAUCUGUUCUUUUUCCAUAGAUUUAUCAUUCAAAUAGAAAUUGUUCUUUAGACUAAUGAAAGACUGCUACUCCCAAUUUUUGAGUCUAGUAGGCUUAUACUGGGAUUGGUUUUUAAAUUUGGAUUAAGAAGAUGAACAGUUUAAGGAUAUGUGGCUCAUUUUUUUUAAUGUGGCUCAUUUUUAUGUAUAUUAUUUUUACUUUCUUAUUAGCAAAUAAGGAGGCUGCCACAGAAAACUUUAACAAAGUUCAAAGAAACGUUUGAAAAUUGUUUCCAUAUCAUAUGUCAUUUACUAAAACUAUUUGAAUCAGGUUACUGAGCAUAGACAUUUUCAUAGUUAUCCUUUUUUUUGUUUGUUUGUUUUUCAAGGUAGGUUCUCACUCUGGCUCAGACUGACCUGGACUAUGUAGUCUCAGAGUGGCCCCAACCUCACAGUGAUCCUCCAACUUCUGCCUCCCAAGUGCUGGGAUUAAAGGUGUGCGCCACCACACCCGGCUAAUAGUUAUCCCCUUUUUUAAAACUAUAUUUGUUGGAGUUAUCUUUUGUGAUGGCUGGAACCCUUCUUAUAAUUUGUUGCUAGUGCUAAUUGAAGGCAGAAUGCUCUGAAACUUAAUUUUCAAAUUUUGGUUUUGUUUUUUAUUUUUUGUUGAGUGGAUAUAUGUUUAGUUUCAUUUUUUUAUUUUACUAAAAGUUUAAAAAUUUUAGAUUACAGAAGCAUAUAUAGAGUUCUAUCACAGAUGGAUGGAUUUAUUCCAUUUUGUAGAUUUUGGCUAGUAAAACACACAGUGGUUGGUGGGUUUUAAUGUUUUUAAAAAAAGCAACAAAACAAUUAAAAAAAAAAGUAAAUGCGAUAGCUGAAGAAACUCUUCUGUUUUAAACUACUGUAGGAAAAACACAGGGUUUUUUGCAUUAAUGACCCACAAAUAUGCUGAUGCUGUUCUGGGUUGUCUGGGGAGUACUUCAUGAAAAGGGAAAUACAUUAUACUUAACCGUUUUAUCAAGUCAAAAAAAGUCUGAAUUCAUCAACUCUAAAGCCGAGGAAAUCAUUAAUUGGGUUUUAAUCUUUCCUUUGCUUAAACCAUGAUAAAAUCUUCCCAAUAGAUCUCUUCUUUCUUUCAGGAUGAAGUGAUAAGCCAUUAGAGACAGUGGCAUGAUGAGGAUGAGGAUGAGGCAGCAGUAACAAGGCCCUAGCUAGCCUGCUUUUGCCAUCAGUAGCACCUGUGAGAAACAAUGCUGACCUUUCAGCCCUGGACACUACCUCGAUAAAGCAAACCAGAGACCCUCUCUCCACUUUGUACAGAAGCCAUAACGUUGCCAUCAGUACAUCCACCUUCACUGUCCUCUACUUUUGUACUGCAGACUUUUUAUAGACUUUAUGAUCAGAUAUUUUCAUCUUAGAGGAUAGGUUUUGCAAGACUCAAAGGAACUCAGCUUUGAAGCUGUAGUUUCAGCAGGUUUGUUUCAAGAAACAGUUACUGUAUCAUUUAUCAAGUUAUAUAUUUAAGUCAUAAGGACUUUGCAGAAUUAUCCUGAAAACAAGCUUCCUUUCUCCCUAAAUAGAAGCUAUGUUGUAGGACGUCCCUGUGCCAUGGAUUUCUCUCUACCUUAUUGACUCUGGGUACUCCUCACCAAUGCGUGUGUAGGUAGCAGUGGUGGUCCCGGAGUUAUGUUUCUUAGGACAGAGGAGUGGGUAGGUUCCCCCCCCCCCCGCCCACAUGCCACAGCUUCUCUCUCACACUCUGCUCUUGAGUGCCUUCAAAAAGCCAGCAUCCAGGAACAUUUUUGCCCUGAUCUGAAUCCCUACCUCUCACUGCUUCAUUCUCCAUGAAUAUUGGAAUUCAUCCUCAUUCCAAAGGAUUUAACUCUAUGAGAGAGAGAGAACCUUGGAUGAGAAUUUUGAACAUGUUUCUGUUUUGUUCCUCCAUCUCAUUAAGUCACAUUUUAGCUUUUACUUGUAUCUUCUUCACAAUAUCACAUCUGUAAUGUUGAAAAAUGUCAUCCUUAUCUUUCUCUUCACUUUUCCUUUCACCAGAAGCUAGAUGUUCCUUUAAAAGUAAAGAUCAUCAGGUAUCUCUCUGGCCCAUCCUUUUCUUGUCUGAAGUCUUCCUGAAUGCUGGUCCUUUCUGAUUAAAGGGAUCCCGAAUGCUGCUCUUGUUAUAUUCUCUCCCUCUCUCCUCUCUCUCCUCCCUCUCCCUCUCCCUCUCUCCCUCCCUCCCUCCCUCCCUCCCUCUCUCUCGGUCUCUCUCUCCCUCUUCCUCUCUCUCUUUCUCUUCCAUAAACAUAGGCAGGGUUAUACUCAUGAUUUUAUCUUAGUUGCAUGAAUUUAAAAGUGCUCUCUGGGCUUAACAAAAGCCCUUCAUUGUUGUUUUCUUUUCAUUGGUUGGUUUGUUUGUUUUUUCAAGGUAGGGACUUGCUGUAGCCCAGGCUGACCUGGAACUUACUAUGUAGUCUCAGACUGUCCAUGAACUCACAGUGAUCCUCCUACCUCUGCCUCCCGAGUGCUGGGAUUAAAGGCGUGCGCCACCAUGCUGGCACCUUCAUUGGUUUUUGGUCUGCCUCUGUCAUCUACCUGUCCUUCAAAAACCUCUGUUGACUUUCUUUUCUAGUUCUUCUCAUCAACAUCAUCUUAAAAGUAUGAUUGGCACAUAGUAUAUGAAGGAGAUAGUAAAGAGGACACUGGAGUGCGUUCUGCCUGUGGUGUGUGUAUAUCUGCUCCAUCUUAUUUUAGCAGUUGACUAGUCGUGCUUCCCAGACUAAAGUCUGUGCUGUUUAACAGAUUGAUUAUUCCCUCCUAAAGUGAAAACAAAUGAAGAAAAUGGAUUUUGGGGUUUAUUUGUUGUUCUUGUUGUUGUUGUAGGUGAAUGAACACUAUUGAGUAUUUUUACUUUAUUCAAAAUCUUUGCUUUCUAAUUUAGCAUGUCAAGCCUCUUAAAGUUAUUAGUACUCAGGUUUUCAAAACUAAUAACCACAUGAGGUGAGAGUCUAAAAAGGCAGCUGUUAAUAAAUUUUUUAAUUCUUUUUUGUUUGGCAACAGACAAGAUGCUAAUUGGUGGGACAGUGCAAAAUUGUGAGAAUUGGUUUUAAUUGGUAAUAAAGAAAUUCAAAACAUUUGAAUAAAUCAGUGGCUGUUUGGCAUGGGAAAACUAGUUUACAGAAUGCAAGAGAUAGAUUUCUGUAUUAUAGAAAUCAGUAAUUGGAGUUUGUUGAUUUAGAAAGCAUUUCACAAUUGUUUGCCUAGAACCACUUGAGUAGAACCUGAUGCCUAAAGUCACAGCUUAAAAGCUGGUUGCUUUUCUCUCCAGUCUCAGGCGAACAAUGGAGAGCCACUCUUGCUUGUAGUGGAAGGAGCUAUACCCUUUGGCACAGACUGCUGGCUUGUUUUGUAUCUUCAACAGGAAAUCUUUGGUGCAGGUAUCACAGGGAGUUGUCCCUAGAGAGUCCCCACAGCAUAACUCCAAAUUGCUUUUAUACUAUAUUAACUUCUCUGGUAAGAUCAGGGAUGUGAUAGAUCACUUGAAAACGAUUUCAUAGGACAUGCAGAUGGGCCAGAAAGGAUAGAAGCUGUGUUUUAUUUAAUGUCAGAAGAAAAUCUGGUGUUUGCCUGGCUAGUUUUGGUCACGUAAAGAACCUGUCUCUUCUGUGCCAAGGAAUCACGUUGUUUCUGCACCAAUAGUUCCAGAGUGCUUACAGGUGGAAAGGGGCCGUGUGGCCAGGCAGGCUCUAGCGCAUGCACGCGCGCACGCACACCCUGCAUAGGGUCUGAGAUAGUUUCACUGUAUUUGAAAGUUGGUAGAAAGUGUCUUAGUCUCCUCAAACUCUCAACUCACCUGUAAGCAUCUUUCCAUGCUUGACAGUUCAUUCAUGAGGUUAGUAGAAAGAAAUAGUAUGGCAUAAUUUUAAUGUUUACUUCUCAAACUGCAUUUCCAAGGAUAUACUUGUGGCCUCAGAAAAUCAGAUGAAGCCUCAAUCUGCCAUCACUUUGAAUAUGCAUUUUAUUCAUUUGUUGUCUCAGGCAGAUUCUAUUCUACCUGUAGUUCUGGUUUUGUCCACAGGGGAGCAGCAAAAUACUUGGCUUUAUUUAUUCCCAGCUGUUAAGUGUCUUCUGGAACAUUGUUGCCUGGCUCACCACUUACAUAUCUUGAUCUAAAGCUUUUCACAGAUUACUAAAUUCAGCAGCUGCUUAACCCUCUUGACGCAGACAAACAUUGAUUCUGAGGUCUGGGGUCUUUGUGGGCCAGGCAGCUACAUUAACUAGCCUUUGUUGCUAUUGGUGACACAGGAUUGACAGCCAGGAACUUGCCUGUGUGCUAAGUGCAGAAAGAGCUGAAAGGCCAUCCGCUGUAUUUCCUUCCUUCAGCUCCCCUUGCAAGACUGGCACCAUCACACCUCUGACAAGAGCAGCAGGGGACCUCAGGAGUGUGUAAGAGCUACUCCAAGUGGGUUACACCAGGAAGCAUGAAGGUUCCCAGCAGCGGCCUCCUCCAGGCUAGAGUUUUGGUGCACACCCCCUGCCAGCUACUUUUCCUUAUAGUCUCCCAGGCCUCGUCAGCUGUGCUCAUAGCCGGACAUUCUUCACGGUGAACAGUUAGGUGAUCAACUACAGGAAACACCAAGCUGCAAACGUUUACUUCGUAGAGCCAGGAAGGGCCUUCCUAACUGACUUCUGCCUGGAAAACCCAACCAAGUCUCAACUUGAGCCAUACCAGACACAGAGAGUGGGGUUUCCCUAUGACUACGACACGUGACACACCAAAAAAAUAAAAAAGUAAAACCCGAAGCUGUGACUGGUUUAGGUAGCAGGUGGCCAGGUGCAACUUAAUUUUUAUUUUUGUUUUCCCCAACUGUACUGAGAUCACUUGCACUUUUUCUCAUUUCUUAAAACAGAAUCCAGUUGGCUUGCCAGGAACUGUUUAGCAUUAGGUUUACAAAGCUUGUUGUUGAAUGUUGAAUAUUUGUCCAAAGGAGUUUGACAAAACAGAAGCUGCUUGGUCCCUGUUCUACUUACAAGGUCCUAAGAAUUGAGGCUAUGUCAAGUCCAGAAUGGGAUGGUGCCCCUGGAUGAUCUCUUACAGAGACACAAUUGAAGGUCAAGUUGGACUCAGUAUAAGAUACAUAUCUGUCAUGCUGCAAGGAGGGUGGGUCAGAGGAGUCCUUCAGUGGAGGAGGUAGCAGGUAGGUAGGACAGGAUCUUUUGAAAUGGGAAGGACUGGGGAGAGGAGGGCUGCUUGACCAGGGAACUGCAUGAGGGAUGGAGCGGAGGUGGCCCAUGCUGCCUGGCUUCCCCGCAUCGUCUUUUCUCUAGCAUCUUGUCAGAUCCCUCAGUGUACUGAUUUCCUCCUUGUGUUAACUAUACCAAUAUUAUUUUUUUAGCAAUUGAAUGCACUUUUUUAUUUCAACUCAAUCAUGAUUUUAAGUAUAAAAAUUUAUAGAUUGUUAAAACUACUUUUGUGUAUUUUUAACCACUUAAUGUAGCAUUGUAUAUUUUAUUCUUGUGAGACUCUGGUACAAGGUGUGCCGUUUAAUGAUUCCCCCCCCCCGACAUGGUGGGCCUUUGGAUGUGUACGGUAACCAACUUCAUGCUAAUGUUCAAAGUAAAAAAAAAAAAAGUAGCCAUA